AUGGAAAGCAUAACAGAGGGAGUGAACAACAUCAACAUCGCCGAUUCCUACAAGAAGAAUCGCAUUCAGGUUUCAAACACCAAGAAGCCCCUCUUCUUCUACGUUAAUCUCGCCAAGAGAUAUAUGCAACAGCAUAACGAGGUCGAGCUCUCAGCCCUGGGAAUGGCUAUUGCCACAGUGGUAACCGUUGCUGAAAUAUUGAAGAACAACGGCCUUGCUGUUGAGAAGAAGAUCACGACAUCAACUGUUGACAUAAAGGACGAUUCUAGAGGUAGACCUGUUCAAAAGGCCAAGAUUGAAAUUGUACUUGGGAAGACUGCAAACUUCGACGAAUUGAUGGCUGCUGCAGCUGCUGAAGACGGUGAGAAUGGAGACGCCGAAGAACCAAGCGCAUGA